ACCAGCUCGGCUGCCUCUGUCACACCCACAUCUCCAGAUGUUGUGAAAUAAGUAGAUCAGUUUGUUAGCUUAAAGCUUCGGGAUCAUCAAAACGUUUGUUGCGUUUUAACAACGGGGCAUUUGGAAUCGCUUCCGCGGUUUCAAACAGGGAAGUGAAUUUAUUAAUGCAAUUUUAUCCGGAUGCGCCGUUUACUAGCGUAGGUCGUAAGCGAGUUGUUUUCCCGACUGAUAAGUCUUCAGAAUUUCACCCUUGAACCAAGAUUAGGUCGAUCUCCUGUUGAAGAGAACAAUGAGAUACUACAUUAAAAUGGUUUGAGAGAGCAAAGGCUGCUGCUUAUUGCGUCCACAAUGGCAGACCGAGGAAAUUUGCUGGAGAAUGAUGGAGGGGACCUAUUGCAUACAUCUGAACUUCCUGCAGAGAUUAAGGACUGGGACAAGAACCACGUGAGAGACUGGAUUCUCGGAUUAAAAGAUGUGGAUGAUGAAUAUGCACAGAUUCUGUAUGAUGAGAACAUUAAUGGGCCUAGUCUUCAACUAUUGGAGAAGUCUGAUCUCAGAGAAGUAGGCAUUUUGCUAGGUCCGGCAAAACUAAUCAUUCAUAUGAGGGAUGAACUUAUUAAACUGAAAGAUCAUCAGCUACAUACACCAGGGAGCUGCUCUGGUAGUUCAUGCAAACCAUACCCUUUUAAUCAGUUUCAUGCUGCCUACAGAUACAAAGAGAACAACACACUUGAUGUAACAGAAACGGGAGCUUUAGACCUCAUAGAACCAUGCCACGAGUACAAAGCAUUUAUCAAUUUUGAAGGUGUGACAGCCGAGGAAAAGCUGAAUAAAUAUGCCGUGGAAGUCAUCAGAUUUGCUGCGGCCUGUAUGAACAGCCGUACUAAUGGCACUGUGCAUUUUGGAGUUGGAGAUGCCCCAGAUUUUACACAUGGGCAAAUUUUGGGUACCUCUGUUGAAGAUAAAGAAGCGUUUGUUAAGAAACAAGCCAAUGCAAUUGAGGGUCAUUUUGAACAUAAAUUUAUUGAUGUAGCAAAAAAAUGUAUUAAACCCCCCAGGUUUAUUGAGGUCCUUAAAGCCGAUAUGACAUUUUCAGGAAAAUUUGUCAUAGAGGUAGAUAUUGAGCCUUUGUUCUUGAUUUGUAAAAACAAAUCCUUUCACAUUUACAAUGCAGACAAAAGGAAAUUAAAAAAAACUAAAGGCAAAGAACUCAAGUCUGAUGAGAAGGACAGUAGAAAGUUUUUUUACAUCAGAGACAGUAGCAGCAGCAAGAAUCUGCUUGUCCAAAACCCUUCCACAGCAUCCUUGGAGGACUACAACAAAUAUAUUGAUAAUAUGAACAUGACGCACCUGGACCAGAUGAGAAAAGUCGCUGAGGAGAAGCACCUUGUUACAGUCAGAAAUAGUGUGCAGGGUUCUAAGCUCUGUGAGAUGUUAACAGGAGGCUCCCAAUCAUUGGACAAGUCUCAUUUUGAGCGAUAUGUACUGGUCACCAACAAAUCACAUACAGUUCAAAGAGAAUCAUUGGCUUUCCUUCUAGACAUGAACCUCACGGCUGUUUUGGAUUUUGAUCCAGAAUCGAGUGAGACUGGCUUGAAUAAGAUGUUUGAGGAGAGAAACACUAAUGUUCAUCUGCCAAAGGAGUAUAAAAUUACAGGACCAGUUGAGGACAUUGCCAGCAGGCUAAAGCUGACCAGAACGACAAGCUGGGUUUUCUGUAAUGGGGGAGUUAAGGAAGAAAAACCUUCGGAUGUGGACAAUUGGCUAACAGAGAAAGGUUCCUCUAUUCGUGAUGUAGUGGCCUUUCUUUGCCGAAAAGAUGUACUGCCACACAAGAAAUUCCUCAUUAUAUUCAUGUUGUUAAGUGAUGUUACUGACAAAAAUGAUCCCCUGCUUGAGACCUUCAGUAUGUUUUUGCAGGAACUGAAUGGAACAGAGCAAAUCUUAUGCAUCUGUGAAAAUAAAAGAUCAUACGCUUAUUGGAACGACUUAAUUGAGACACGGUACGCAGUUGACAUUUCAAAAAGAACUAUCUAUGAGCUCAGUUUUGCUGAGAUUAAUGGUACUGUUCUAAGUCUCUGGUCAGAAAAUCGCAAAUCAAGCAGAUUUCUGCCUGCAUGUGGGGGUAUGGUUCUUUUAUCAAAGAAAAUGGAAGGCACCAUGGAUACACUGAGUAUUCUGUGUGUAAACCAGUGUGAAGGAGGCAAUGAGGACAAGAUGCAACUUGAAGAAAGUUUUUACAAGGGAGGGAAAGUGUCCUGGUGGAACUUCUACUUCUCAGAGCAGCCAGGAUCAACGCCAUUUAUCAAACGAGACAAAUUUGACUACAUUACCGACACUAUUAUUCCAGACCUGUGCUCCCUCAGACAAGCUUGUGUUUGCUUUAACAUACUCCAUAUCCCUGGCUGUGGGGGAACAACCCUAGCCAUGCAUGUCUUGUGGACAUUGAAAGAGAAAUUUCGUUGUGCAGUACUGAAGGACAACAUUGUCAAUUAUGCUGAUGUUGCCAAACAGGUAGUUGGCUUGUUGACAUAUGAAACAUCUGAACAGCAAGCGCAGCUUCCUGUUUUGCUUAUGGUAGAUGACCUUCAAGAUAUUGAUGCAGUAAAUGAUCUCCAGCAACACAUCGAAAAAGCAUGUCUGAAGCAAAAUAUUUCCUACAAGUCUCCACAGGUCAUCCUUAUGAAUUGCAUGAGGGCUGAGUCAGGACUGCAGACUGAAUCAACCGAUGACACAGUUUUCAUUGGGAACAAGCUAUCCGAGGUGGAGCGAAAACUUUUCGAGAAAAAGCUAGAAGAAAUUGAACGGUUCUACAAGAAUGCUGAAACAUUCUAUGGCUUUAUGAUCCUUAAGAAAGACUUUUCAGCAGAAUACAUACAGGGUGUUGUGAAAAAUACGCUGAAGGGCUUCAACUUUAAAGAUAGACAUGCUCAACUCUUUGCAGUCCUUGUUCUCUUGGGCUGCUACUGCAAGACUGCAAAGUUGUCAGUCUCUGUAUGUGAAGAAUUUCUUAGCUUGGCAAUAAGGCCACAUUCUGGAUCAUGCAAAGUUGAAGAUGAAUUUGGGAAGCUUUCUACCCUUUUGACACGUUGCACAGCAGAGUGUAGUGUGGUGUACGAUGCUGUGAGAGUGAUCCACCCAAGUAUGGCAGAACAUUGUUUGGCAGAGCUUUCAACUACUUUUCAUGUGUUCAAAGCGCAUAUCACGGACUUCCUGCUCACAACUGAUGUGUUUUACACUUGCAUUCAGGGGAAGGAAAAACUUAUGCAGGAUGUUCGCAAUAUGUUGGUGAGAAGGCAUCACUCAGCAGAGAACCCUGCUGCAGACACCCAGUUUUCGCCACUUAUCCAAGCAAUUGCAAAAGAAAGCCCAGGAUUUGAGGAAAAUGUCUUGCUUAAUGCUGCAAAGCGCUUUGAUAAAGAUGCAGUAAUAUUCCAGCUUCUGUCCAGGUACCAUUACCUCAAGAAGAAAGACUUUAGAGAAGCAAAAGAUUGGGCAAAGAAGGCAAGGGAUCUCCAGGGGAAUAACUCUUACAUUUGUGAUACAACUGCACAGGUGAUUAAGCAUGAGCUAAAAGAAGCCCUCAGCAAUGACAAAGGCAAUCCAAUAAAAGCAGACAAAUUAAAAGAAUACCUCAAAAUGGCUGUAUCUGCAACAGAAGCUUUCAGAGACAUUCAAGAAAUUGCCAGAAAAGAAGUUCAAGUUAGAUUUCUAGGGAAAAAAGAUUUUAGCCACUACAAUACUGCUGGUUGUGUUGGUGAGCUUCAAGUUGCAGUUAUGGUGUUGGACAUUCUAGAGAGGAUCCCGGUUUUUUCUGGAGAUGAGCUUCAUCGCAGUAUUCUUACUCAGGUCCUCUCAGGAAAGAUUAAAAUACAGGAUCUGGCAGCAAAUGAUCCAAAAAUAAACAAGAACACCUCCUAUUACCAUUUUCUACAGGAGUCUGCGGGAGUUACCGAUCUUCUUAACAACCUUAAAGACAACAUGAAGAAGCACUUUGAUUUUCUUGACAGUUUUUUUGUCAACUUGGGCUCAUUUUAUUCCACAAAAGAUAACCGAGAGUUUAGGACAAGGCAGGAGAUCUUCCGCUGCUUUCAACAGUAUGUUAAUGUCUGUUUGACAGAUUCAAGAGAGCUGAUGAAAAAUAAAGCGCUGACCAACAUGUACAAAGUUGAGAAAGCACGGAUGUUUUUAGAGAAGAAGAAUGCUGACUCCUACAGUGGACUGCUGCAAUAUCUUUCUAAAGAUGUUUCUGCAGCAAGCAUUGGCCCAAUAAUCGAAAAAGUUAUUGGUAAUUACAAUUUGAUUUUGAACACCACUGGGCCACAAGAUGAGAGGCGCUGCAAAGACACUGUCAAUUUCAUCUAUGCAAAUAUUGUCCUGAAUAAAAUUAAGCCUGAGUCAAAUGCCUUUCCCUACAUGAGCCUUCUUCAACAGCUCUGUGAGAUGCUUAGACGUACCAUACCUCUCAAUGAAAGCUUGGCAUUGCAUUUCCUUUCAGUUGUGAUGUUAUGGCCAGAAACCAUCCCUAUUUAUUCAGGUGGGAUUAUGAGUGAUAAGUUGGGCAGUUAUGUAUCCCAAUUGAGAAAUUCUUUCUCAAAUGAGAUGAAACCAAUAUGUAAUGGCAAGAGGGCAAGCAUUCAUUUUUACUUGGGGAGGAAACCAGGUUACGACCGCCUGAUUUCUCAGAAGGAAGUUGAUGCAUGUGCAGGCUCUGCAGAGACGAUUGCAACUCAGUGGCAAAAUGAGAAAAUAUGGAAGAAUGAGAAAAUCAAAAGCAUCCUGCGCAGUGUUACUGGAAGAAUUUCUAGAAAUGGCAUCGUGGCAGACACAGCAAAUGAGAAUGUGAAAGUUCAUGUAUCUCCGUUAUUUAAAAGUAAAUUAUGUGGCAAGUUAGAUGCCAGAGUGUCAUUUUUCAUUGGGUUCACCAUGAAUGGCCCAGUUGCACUUGGCAUACAGCCUGUGUCAUAGCAUGUUUGAUUGACAGAAGAGUUGAGCAUCUUGAUAUGGAUUUCAAAUGGCCCUUGAUGGUUAACUAAUACAUUCUUACUAAAUCAAGGAUUGAAAUAUGAUUUCACAUCUGAAUUAGAAAUUAUUCUGAGAUAUGUAUAUUUUUUAUUUGUACUGUUUUGUGAAUGACAAAUAUUUACUAGUUGGUAGUUGUUCAUUUUUACUUGGAGAAGAAAACAUCUUAUGAUAUAGAGAUUAUGUAACUAAAAUGAUUUUGUGGAACAUGAAUUUGAUUUUUUUAUGUGAUACAUUUUAUGUACUGUUCUUUGACUUGGCUUUUUCAUGUCACAUUCGUACUUGUGUUUUAAUGCUAAUUUGACCUAUCGGACGUGUUAAAUGCAAUGAGAGCUACUGCUGCAUAAUCAGCUGUUGUAUAAUAGCUGCUACUGUUAUUACUGAUGAUGAUAAUUUUUGUUGUUCUUGUUUAAAAGCCUGUUUUAACCUGAACACACUUGCAGAGAGUUGUGUAUGCCCAGAUUGCUGUGGGGGAACCACCUUAAGCCAUGCGUGUCUUGUGGACAUUGAAAGACAAAUUCAGUACUGAAGGACUAAGUUGCCAGUUAUGCUUGUUGACAUAUGAAACAUCUGAACAGCAAACGUGACUUAUGCUAGAUGACUUUCAAGACAUUGAUGCAGAUCUCCAGCAACACAUCGAAAAAGAAUGUCUAUUUGUUGUUGUUGUUCUUGUUUAAAAAUGUUGUUUAAAAGCUUGUUUUAACCUUGAAUACACUUGCAGAGAGUUCCGAAUGCCAAGAUAAAUGUUUUAUUAAUACAAUGAUAUUCCAUAUGUACUGCACUGAAUUUUCUAUUUUUGAGUUUUGUCUUAUUUUAUAGUUAUCUAUUAUACUUCUUUUUUAUCUACUUCUUUUAAAAAUCUUUUUUUUAAAUAUUCUUCUGUCUAAUCAGUCUGCUAUUUCUGUCUGUAGUUAAUUACUCAAACAUUAAAGUUUCCUUAUCUUCCUUGUAUAUGUGCCCUGUCCAAAGAACCACUAUUGGGAUUUUCUUAUGAGAAAAGAAUGGCAUAAAUGAACAUGCCAAGUAA